AUGGAUCCUCUGCUGGAACAAGUUUUGGCUGGCUUAAAUGGAACCCUCGGAGCGUCGAAUCGGACAGACCCCCUGGAUAAAUUCUCAGGGACCCAGCUGCUCUUGCGUUUUAAGCCUCUAUUUAUUCCCUUCUAUGCUUUGGUUGUUGUCGUGGCCGGCGUCGGGAACACUUUCCUCCUAGCCUGCAUUCUGACGGAUAAGAAGUUGCACAAUGCCACCAAUUUCUUCAUCGGAAACCUAGCGGCGGGGGACCUGCUGAUGUGUCUGAGCUGUGUGCCGCUGACUGCCUCGUAUGCGUUUGAUUCACGUGGCUGGGCUUUCGGCCGUCCAAUGUGUCAUCUCAUUCCUCUGCUGCAGGGCGCCACAGUAUUUGCCUCAGUGUUGUCCCUGACUGCCAUCGCCAUGGACCGUUACGUAGUGGUGGCGUACCCGGUCCGGAGACGAAUAUCAGUUUGGGGCUGCUGCGCGGUGGCAUUGGGCGUCUGGGCGGUUUCGCUGGCUCUCGCCGCUCCUCCGUCUCUCCACACGCGCUAUGUGGAUCUGCGGCCGAGUGGCAUGGAACUGGUGGUAUGCGAGGAGUUCUGGUUGGGUGCCGAGCGCCAGCGCUUGCUAUACUCCUGCUUCUUCUUACUUGCUUCCUACAUGAUCCCCCUGCUGUCUGUCAGCGUCUCCUACUGCGCCAUCAGCGUGCACCUCCGCAAACACACUUUGCCCGGAGAGCCCUCCCAAGGCCAGCAGCGAUGGAGCAAACAACGGCGCAAAACGUUCUCCCUGCUGGUUGCCUCCGUUCUCGCCUUCGCCCUCUGCUGGCUGCCGCUGCAGGUCCUCAACCUCCUGCUGGACCUGGACUCAGACUUCCAGAUCUUGGACAAACGCUACGUCAACAUGUUGCAGGUCAGCUGCCACCUGAUAGCCAUGAGCUCGGCCUGCUACAACCCCUUUAUCUACGCCUCUCUUCACAGUAAGGUCCGCAUGCACCUGCGAGGAUACCUGUGCCCCUGCAGGCGCAGUGGGCAGGAGUUGCUAUCUCGCUGCGCCUCCCGCAACCACGCCACCUGUCUGACGCUCAUCUCCGAUAUAACGGUGAAGGACAGCCAAUCACCUGAGAGCCCCGUCCCAGACAGCUGUCUCUGA